GGAUUCUGUGACCAUCUUCCUCUCCUCAUUGACUCUGCAUGAAGGGGAUUCCUGGUGGGGGAAGGGUAGCCGCUCUUGCCGCACGUGCAGAGAGAGAGGAACUUCCAGUGCCUGCUACCGAGCCAGAGUCCACAGCAUGGGGAGGGCCCCAUCCAGAGGCAGCACUGCAGCUAGAGGUAGAUCCAGAGCCCUCCGGGCCCUGCACCGGUACAGCCAAGGACCAGCCAAGCGAGGAGCUGCCAGGCCUCAUGCUACCUGCCAUGGCCACUGGCCUCAACCCUGCAGCUGAGAGCGUAGCUGGAGAUAGACGUGGCAGAGAGGAGAUUGCGAGCAAGGCCCCAGCCAGCAGCUCCCACGCUUCCCUAGUCCUGGGCAUGGUGCGAGCCUUGGUGUCGGAGGCCAGGGUGUGCAGCCUGAGUUCCUCUACCUCACUAAAGAGAGGCCUCUUUUAUUUACUAGAGCCACAGCCCUGCUGCAUCAGGACCUUUUCAUUCUGCUGGUGCUGGAGCUAUCUAUCUGCAAGCUGGAGGUGCUUGAGAGCAGGAAAAGGAGGCUGUGAGAAAGAGUUCCAGCAGCUCCUCCUGCUCCCAGAGGUGGCCUCCUCCUCCAGGCAUGGAGGUCUCUCUGCUACUGGGCUUCUGGGCUAUUUGCCCCCGAUUUGCUCCCUGGGACGGGCUCUUCUUAACAGGCAGGCAAGGGGUAUGGGGACCAGGUGGGGGCUUCAAAGGGUACAGCAUCAAAUCUUCCAAACUCAGCACUUGUGCCCCAGGGUCUCCAAUCUGUCUUCUGCCCUAGGAUUUAUUCAUACUGUUAAAUUACCAGUCUAUGCAAAUGACAUUUAAAUAAAGUUUGAUUU